AUGUGGCCAUUCACCUCAUCCCCCUCCCGCCCUCCAGCUGCCCCAACACCCAUCGAUCCCUCACCUUCCUCAUCAGCUCCUUCAGCUGAUAAAUGUCCGGUGGACCACUCCACUCGAUCAGCAUGGCUAGCAGCCCAAGGUUCAUCCGAUACUCCCCAUCCAUUCCAUCCUUCUUCUUCUGGUUCUUCGUCGUCUUCUCAGGGAUUAUCUCAAGAUAGAGUGAUAUCUUCUAUCCCUCGUGCUCCCCCUCCUUCUGCCUCAUCUUCCUCUUCGCAAGGAGGAGGACCAGGACCAUCAGGACAUAAUGUACCUGAAUUGCAGAAGGACAGUGAAGGUAAAUGGGUCUAUCCAUCGGAACAGCAAUUCUUCAAUGCGAUGUUACGCAAGAACCAUAAUCCCCAUGCACGCGAUAUGAAGACGGUUGUUCCCAUACAUAACGCAGUUAAUGAACGCGCUUGGGAACAGAUAUUGCUGUGGGAAAGUAGGGUGGAAGGAUCUGAGAAAUGUGGUGGACCGAGAUUGAUCAGUUUUGUGGGUAAACCUAAGGAGAGAAGUCCGAAGGCUUGGAUGAAGACUGCUUUGGGCUACACCCCACCUUUCGAUAGACACGACUGGCUGAUCGACCGGUGCGGCACGCAGGUCCGCUACGUGAUAGAUUUCUAUACUGGUAAAUCAGGUUCGGGUCAGGAUGCGUCAAAGAUGAGCUUCUAUCUAGAUGUCAGACCGGCCGUAGACAAUUGGGAAGGAAUAAAAACUAGAGCUGCAGGUUGGUGGAGUUAG